AUGGGUAGGGGAAGAGUAGAGUUGAAGAGAAUAGAGAACAAGAUCAACAGGCAGGUGACUUUUGCUAAAAGAAGAAACGGACUUCUGAAGAAAGCUUAUGAGCUCUCUGUUCUUUGCGAUGCUGAAGUUGCUCUCAUCAUCUUCUCUAACCGUGGCAAGCUCUAUGAGUUCUGCAGCACCUCCAACAUGCUCAAGAUGCUUGAAAGGUACCAGAAAUGCACUUAUGGUUCAAUGGAAAUCGACAGAUCAGCCAACAAUGCUGAGCAAAACAGCUACAAGGAGUACAUGAAACUAAAGGCCAAAUACGAUUCCCUACAACAGUACCAAAGGCAAGUUUUUGGGGAGGACCUGGGGCCCCUUAGUCUCAAGGAACUUGAACAACUAGAACGACAACUGGACUCUACUUUGAGACAAAUCCGGUCCAUAAGGACACAAUCAAUGCUUGAUCGGCUUUCCGAACUUCAAGUCAAGGAAAGGAUGUGGAUUGAAGCUAAUAAAGCUUUGCAGAAUAAGCAGCUGGAAGAAGUGUAUGCAGAAAAUCAAGCAGGACCAUCAUGGGCGGCAGGUGAUCAUCAUCAAAACUGUUGUUCAUAUGAACAACAACAUGAACAGCAUCCUCAAUCGCAGGAAUUCUUCCAGCCGUUAGAUUGUAACUCCAAUUUGCAAAUUGGGUUAUAUAACGAAGUUGGUCCAAGCCAUUUAACAGAUUCGACAAAUGGGCAGAAUCUGAAUGCAUUAGUCCCUGGAUGGAUGCUUUGACCUAAUUGAUCUUGAUAUGGUCAACCUUUAUCGUUUUUGGUGAUAUAAAUCUAUAAUAUAUAUUUUAUUAAUUUGAAUAAUCUUUUUUGUCUGAAUUUCGGGACUUAUACGAAAGGUUUGUAAGAAUCUUGCAUUAUAAAUUACACAAGAACAACCUACUUGUUGAUUAUUAUGUCAAUGGUAUAUAUGGUGGAUGAUGAUAGUUUUUGUUCCAGUUUGACUUGUAGAUUUAUAAAGUCGAUGUAUUUUGGUCUGUUUUGACAAGUUUGGAAAAAGAAUAAAAUGUCAAGAACUCCAUCGGAGACGUAAUAUGCUUCUGGGCAGAGACAUCAUAAUCGACUUAAGGGCAGUUUGAUUUGAUAUUUGUUGCCGACUGAAUUACUGAAAUUGUAC